UUCCAGGCGGCGUCCCCGCGUGACUCGCGCUUUACAUAAUCGCGGCCUCGCGCGUCAUAGUGGCGUCCUCCCGGGCCCGACCGAAUCAGAGUCGUUGGGAGCUCGGCGUUCCGUCCCUUCCCGCUUGCUCGACGUCGAAGGCCACCAGUGAACGGGCGACCAGCUUUCGUAGUGCCAGCCCCUAUCCGUGUUGGGCCCGCCUCUUCCACAGCUCGCUGCCCGCCUGCCUGCCUGUCGCCGCGGCCGCCGCCGGGUUCCUUUAAGACUGUCAGAUAAAAGCGGCGGCGGGCCGGCCGGCAGGGCGGUGAGGACGGCCCCGGGGCCGGACAUGGCGGCUCUCUACGCCUGCACCAAGUGCCACCAGCGCUUCCCCUUCGAGGCGCUGUCUCAGGGGCAGCAGCUGUGCAAGGAAUGCCGGAUUGCACACCCUGUUGUGAAGUGUACCUACUGCAGGACUGAGUACCAGCAAGAGAGCAAAACCAACACAAUUUGUAAGAAGUGUGCUCAGAAUGUGCAGUUGUAUGGAACGCCCAAACCUUGUCAGUAUUGCAACAUAAUUGCAGCAUUUAUUGGUAAUAAAUGCCAGCGUUGCACAAAUUCUGAGAAAAAGUAUGGACCACCAUAUUCUUGUGAACAGUGCAAGCAGCAAUGUGCCUUUGACAGGAAAGAUGAUAGAAAGAAGGUAGAUGGGAAAUUGCUGUGCUGGCUGUGUACACUUUCAUAUAAACGUGUCCUUCAGAAGACCAAAGAGCAGAGGAAACACCUGAGCAGCUCUUCCCGUGCCAGCCAUCAGGAGAAGGAGCAAUACACCCGCUUGAGUAGUGGCAGUCAUUACAACAGCCAGAAAACACUUUCUACAUCUUCAAUUCAAAAUGAAAUCCCAAAGAAAAAGUCCAAGUUUGAUUCAAUCACAACCAAUGGAGACAGCGGUGCUUCCUCUUAUGGACUGCUUUGUCCUAAUAUCCAGAGCCCGUCUGCACUGCUGCAGUGGGCUGCUUCCCAACAGAGUCUUGGAGCCAACCAUUUUCCUGUUCCUCCAGGCCCAGGCAUCCUGAACUUUUCCCCAGACCUGGCUCUAGACUCACCAGGCACUGACCACUUUGUCAUCAUUGCCCAGCUGAAGGAAGAGGUUGCCACUCUGAAAAAGAUGUUGCAUCAGAAGGAUCAAAUGAUCUUAGAGAAAGAGAAGAAGAUUACAGAGUUGAAGGCUGAUUUUCAAUACCAGGAAUCUCAGAUGCGGGCCAAAAUGAACCAAAUGGAGAAAACCCAUAAAGAAGUCACAGAACAAUUGCAGGCUAAAAACCGAGAGCUCCUGAAGCAGGCAGCUGCCUUGUCCAAGAGCAAGAAGUCUGAGAAGUCAGGAGCUAUAACCUCUCCAUGACAGACCACAAAGAGGCUCCCAAGCAACAGCAAAUGGAGUCAUCCUGGCCAGGGUUGGAGAUCUGGCUGUUCUCUGGGAACUGCAAGCUUUCUUACAAAAUCUCUAUUUUAUUACCGUUAUCUUUCUUUGUGUGAAUGUAGUGGGCUGAAGGGAAACACCGGUUUGUGCUGUAUUAAGACUGCAUGCUUGAGUGUUUGAGUUUUGGGGCUCACUGUCUUUCCUAUUCUUCCUCCUACCUCCCUGCCUCCCUUCUUUCCAUUCCCUCUCACUUUUUCCUCUAUCUUGUUACUAUUCUUUCUUUCUUUUUCUUUGUGUGGUGAUCACUGCUCAGUGUUAUGUGCAGAAUGAUACUUUCUGUCCAUCAUUGCAGCCUGCCAUACCCAUGAGCAUAGUUUGGCAUUAACUGUGUACCACUGCCACUCUCUGAACUUUGAAAACUGCUACCUUAAGGCUUCAUAUAGUGAGAGAGGCUUCCUCUCUCCAAUAAACUUGUUGCUUCAGGGUAUACUCUUCAGUUUUUUUCCAGGUAUAUUAUGUACGAAGUUUGUACUAUGUAUAGGCAGAGUUUUAUUUAUUUUUUAAAAACGGAGAUUUUUCUUGAUAAUGGAAUAAUGGUAGCCUAUCUAGUCCUGGUAAAAGUGUUAUCUAUUGGAAAAGGGGGAGGGGGAAAGCCCCAGUUCUGUUCAAUAGCUUUUAGUAAAAGAAUCAGAUCUUUUCUUUCUUGUUUUUUAGAGUCUGAAAAUGGCUUGAAGUUAAGUGCCUUGGAGGAUUUUGUGGAAGAACAUUUAAGGAGAUACUUACAGGAGUUUGCAAAGUUUGAACAGUCUGUCUUUUUAAAUAAGGGCAGAAAGAAAGGUUGUCCAGGUUGUACUGGACACUUCCCUCUCUCACCUCUCCUUAUUUUAUGUGACUGAUUUAAAAUUCUUACACUGCCACUUCUUAAAAAAAAAAAAAAGAAAAAUAUAACCCUUUACUUGUCUAUCUCAGUUGUCAGAAAACUUUUUUUUUUUACAUGAACGGAAUCAAAAUGGGAUGAUAUUUAUGUCGACCAUUUCCAGGGGUUGGUGUGGGUUGGCUGCUCAAGACAGUGUAGGCUGAAUAUGACUGGGAGAACCGUCACUGUCCCUUCUUCCCAUUCCUGACCCCAUCCUGCACCCCCUGCUUUUAAUGGGACAAGGGCUUCUCAAAAGCAGUUGGUCCUCAGCCUGAGUUUUGGGUGUCCUUCUCUCUUCAUGACCCACCUAGUAGGAACAUGGAAAGGGGGCAGGUUUGCAUUUCUAGUUGUACUCUCAGGUCCUUCAUGUGAUUUUUGUGAAAGAAACUAGAGAUGUGGAACAUGUGCCAUGAGAAGACCAAAACUCCCCUAGAGUCAUUAGUUCAGGGUACUAGAGUUAGAGCAGAUCAUGAGGUCAAGUAACAUUUGUACCUCAGUCUACCAUAAUUGUAACAGUGAAUUUUUGUUACAAGCACAUGUUCUGCAAUUUAUGAUUUCAUUCUUGUUUAGAGGAGCCAUGCACAUAAUUGGACAGAGGUAUGGAAUUGAGUCUCUUCUUUCCAAUUAGAAACAUAAUGGACCAUGUUGCUCAUACAUCACCCUAGUGGGGAUGUAAUCUUCCCUUUCAAGCAAGGGAGACUGCCGUGCUACAUAGUUUUUGUAACUUUUUGGACAAGAAAGUUUUAGGUAAAGAUAAACUGUCACAUGAUAUCUUUGAGAUGUAUUUGCAUUGUGCUGGGGAAAAGAUGGUAGAAAAAUGACAGUCAUGUUCUUUUUUUAAUUAAAAGACAGAAAUUGUUAUGUGAAGUAUGAAAAUUUUAAAGCAUAUUUAGUUUUAUACUAAAUCUUUUUUUAAGGUCUUGGCAUUUAAUAUAAAUCAAACCCACACAUUUUUUAACUUGCCAUAAAUUCCUAAAAAAAAAAAAAAAAAACUUCAGUCUUGAAAUGUUGCUUUUUAAAAAUCAUGACACUCUUUUACCAUGAAAUUGAGUAGCUAACUUUUGGUAACAACUUUCAUUUCUUUGUAUGUUUGUAAUAAUGGACAUUUUAAAACCCAGGAAUGUUUUGGUUUGUAUAGACUUUGACAAAUGUGUGUUAAUAAAAUUCAUAUUGAUGUAAGUA